AUCCCAAUCUCGACAUUAGAAUGUCGAAUUCUUAACUAUGGACAUAAGUUCAUACCAACCCCCACUUCUAAACAACGCCUUGACAUCACUUUACCGGAUAACCCCUUUAUGGCCCGAUCUUUGGACGACUUAGAACGCCGCUACAAUUUACUAUUUGAAUUUGGCGGAGGCGGUCGUUCGAAAGUCGUCAGGAUCCCAAACCCAAACUAUCAUCCAAAACCCACUUUACACGUACAAAACUUCAUCAACACCCUUAAACCAAAAAUAUCAUCAGACUUUAUAAAAACUCCACACUAUAACCUUACAAUCCGCGAGAAAAAAGCUUUGCAUAAUCUUGCAACAAAUAAGGAUAUAGUUAUCACCCUUACAGACAAAAAUUUGGGACUUGCUAUUAUUCCAUAUAAGGAAUAUAUUAAAGUAAUGGAACAGAUGCUUAAUGAUAUCGAAUAUGAAGAAAUUAAGCAAACUGAAGUGGAAUGUAUUGAUAUUAUGCAAAAUC